CAUGCGGGCGGGCGGCGGGGCGGCGGCGGCCUUCGCCGGCCUUCUCGGGGCGGCGGCGGCGGCCGCGGCGAAGCUGGCGCUGGGGCCGGGCGAGGAGGCGGCCGGCGGCGCGCUGCCAGUGCUGCUUCGUGUCAGCUGUGUUGGCUUGGUGUUUGCAUGCAAUGCGGUGAUGUGGACAGUCUUUGCAAAAGCCUUGCGACUCUCUUCCUCCUCAGCUGCUGCCUCUGUGACAACGACAGCCUCCAACUUCAUCUCUUCGGCAGUCCUGGGCAAACUGCUCUUCGGCGAGACGUGGUCACCUCUGUGGUGGGUCGGCCUCUCCGUGACACUGGGCGGGCUCGUGCUGCUGCACACAUCUGCACCCCAGCUGGUGCAGGUCCCGGCGGAGAAGAAGGAGUGAGAGCUGCUGGAGGGGGCACGGUGCCGUGCUGCCCCUCCCCAGCCUGUCUCGUUAUGGCAUCCCCAGUCCUCACCAACCUCCGAACACAUCGACCUGAACACAGGACCUGCUGACCCCUGCUCACCUGAUGACCUGCUGACUUGCAAAGUCACGUUGUUUGCAUCUUUCCUGGCAGGUUGGCAGUGGUGUGGUGGCAGUGACAGCCUCGGAGGGAGCUGAUCCACUCUGAGUCAGUAUUGUGAAAAUCAGGGCCAGAGGCUUAUCAGCUGCUCCUCCUCUUCACACCCUGCGGCUGUGGAGCUUUCCCAGUUCAGGGAAGGCUGAAAGUAAACAUGGUGGCUGUGGAACGUGCCUGUGCAUUGGUACUUUUCCAUAAAACAAUCUAUCCCAAAAUAGAAUUGCAAUCAGAAGUAGAUGCUGAAGGCAGCUGAUAUUUCUGUUCCACUGUUCCUGACUUUCCUGUCUGUCUCUUAAAAUGGCUCCAUGUCUGGUGCUGCCUAUAAUGCUGUGGAGCCUUUUAGUAAUUCCUUCAGCUUCCUAUAUCAUUCACAUACACCUUUUAACUUACCAUUUAUAUCUGACACCUUUAAUAUUCACUUACGCAUUCCUCACAUGUUACUCAUUGUAAGGUUGCUGCUCUUUCCUUUAAACCCUUAACCAGGACGGAGUUUGGAUCACCAUCCCUGCUGUGUGUAGGUCAAACAGUAAUUUUGGUACAGUACAACAGGCAGCAUGUGAAGGGUCAGCUGCUUUCGCUAGGACUGUCCGUGGUCAACACAUCCCCCAUCCCACUGAAGUUGACAAUUGCUUUAACGUUUUGUAAAUGUUUUUUUUACACCACUGGAUGAUGCUGAUUCCCAUUUAUGCAGUGUGAUCAACCAGAUCACUGGUAUCCAGAUACCUGCUAAAUCUCUUGUGCUCAGGUGUCAGCAUGGUGAAUGUGUCAUGAAUCAUCAUUUGUAAGAUAUCGUCUCCAUUCCCCUGCCCACAUCUUUUUUUUUCCCUUGGAAAUUCUGUAGUUGGAAUCCUAAUUGAGAAAUAUAAUGAUGCCUGUAAAUGUAUGCAUCAUUCAUACAUUUCAGGCAUAUCACUUGUUUGCUCUGGGCUUGCUAGGUUGUCUCUCUCUUCUUGUAACCACAGAAAGUGAGUCACAGUUGUGGCAUGUACAGAAAACCUAAGGACACGUUUCUGUGAGCCUCCAUAUCGGAACCUGUCAGGUCUAUCAUGACAGGCAGAUCUGCCAUAUCAAGCAGGAGCAUAAAAUAGACUUGUGGAUGGAAAUGCUGUUGGAGUUGGGUUCAUGCCUUUUUCUUCUUCGUAUCAGAAAGAAGGAAAGUCCCCAGAAGAGGUCAAGAGCUGUUUGCUCCGAGCCCCCUGCUUCAGGAGACCAUCGUAGCUCACCACAUCUGGCAACCAUGUCUCAAGAGGGGCAAUGCCUUUGCCUUUUAGGCUUGUGUGCUCCCAAGUCUUCUCCUCAAAGAGGGGAGAGGCGUAUGUGGUGGUGGGGAAGGCAAAGUGCUCCGAGUGCCUUUCCUUCUUACCAACAUGGGUCUUCACCCCUGAGGAGUGGAGCUCUUCGGGUAGCAGCUGUGAUAGAGUGGGACACAUCCAGUCAACUGGGAAGCUGUGACUUGACACAGUCCCUCAUAGGUCUGCAGACAUGACAGCUGGGAACUCUGCAUUUUGAAAUUCAUCAGGUCUCCUUAGAUCUUCAUACAUAGUGGAAAAUUAGUGAAGUCUGGUUUAUUUACCCUUGUUAUUAACUCUCAACCAACUGUAAGCCAUGGCUGCCUUCAUGCAAAUGGCAGUAGAAGGACCAGACUCUCCGGUUAAUUUGGCUGGAGCCCCGUUUCGUAACAAACCAUUUGGAAAGCUUUUUAACAUGGAAUAUCUCAAAACUGACAUUUCUUUAUUACCGUUAUUGUUAGAGAUCAAGGUUUAGGAGAUGUUUGCUCAUGUGCAGGAGGUGUGGCCAGUGCUUUACUUGGUGCUCCUCACUAUUAGGACAGAUUAACGUAAACUGGGGCUGUAAAUUCUGUCAUAAAUAUUUGAAGGUGGGAACAGAAGCAAGUUUUCCUCCAGUUCCCAUGGGAAGAAAAGAUUGCCGAGGAGGGUGUGUUUUAUGGCAGAAUCUCCCUCCUCUAUGUACACGGGGCUUGACCCACGUCUGCCAGAGGGACCAGGGCUGCGAGGAAGGCUGCAAUCACUGCGUGUCAAAGCAGUGUAAACAGUUCGUGUGUGAUCAUUCAAAAUGUGUUUGGAAGUCAUCUCAGAAAGGAGCACUGACAAUUUCAAAAUAAAACAGUGUCCAAAGCUCA